AUGCCGACGGUGUCCGUAGUCGGUAUCGAUGCCGCCUGGGCGCCCUCGCGUGGCCCAUCGACAGUCACCGAUGCCGAUGGCGCCACCGAGCGGGACAGCACCGGCUUUCUCGCGGUACCAGAGGUAGACAUGGAAACCAGCAUCGUCAUCCUAGACCUCGCACCCCGCACCUCGGACACAAGCGCAUCGCACGGCCCUCCUGCGAACGGCGCUGCUUGUUAUGUGUCCGACAAGCCGCUGAUUGGAGCUCCCGGCGGCGGUGUGUGGGCACGAUUGCAAGCUGCCGGGUUUCCGUGCCUCGUCGCUGUUCUGGCACAACCAGUGCUGAGAGAAUCCGCUGAUGCGCCGCCAUGGAAGCUGACGCCGAGGGCACUGGAGGAAGGAAGCGACGACAAGGAGUAUGUUGAUAGCUCUGGUCAAAGUACAGGCGUGAAGGCGAGUUUGACGCACGCGACUGCACACCCGCUACCACCGCCGCGGACGACCGACUCUCUCCUUUCUCCCGUGUCACCAUCGGGUGCAUCCGACACGACAGCGAAGCCGCUGUUGGUGUAUCUGCCCACUGUCGCACCCGCUGCCGACGCCUCCACGAAUGCUGCUGCGGCUGCUGGACACGACGAUAUGGCUGGUGGGAUCGGUGAUGCCGACUCAGAAGUAUCGGCGGUCGCUGUAUUGCCCUCCCUCUUGCACAGCAUGUCGUCGCACGGCAUGGUGGACAAGCAGUGCAGGCUGCUAAACCCUGACUUGGCCCGAGCAGCGACAGCCACGACUACCGCUGCAGGUCGGGCCAUCUCCGUCCUGUCUUCCAUUGCGCCCUGUCGCCCGUCGCAGCCGCGCGCCCUCUUGCCUCUGUACUUCGCCUCGGCCCCGGUGGCGUCGCUCCGCUACCUCCUUGCCUUGGCGGCCAUGAGGGCAGACAACCGCGGCACACAAUCGGCCCCACGCGGAGGCGCCGGCGCCACCGAUGAGGUAGCGAAUAGGCGGCAAUUACUGCAAGUCGAUGCGGCGCAGCAACCAUUACCUCCCUCACCGAGCGCCUGCACAGACGCAAGCACAGGGGCGGUUGGCGUUGCUCGAGUCGUCUGUCGAGCAGUGUGGCCAAUUCCUCCGUGGCCGCCGAAUCCACCGCCGGAGUUCGCCCCCGAAGCCGCCCCGCUGCUAUCCUACUCGAUGAGCACGGACGGUGACCACCAUGGGACUUCGAUAGACAAAUCUGCGAUACUGCGGGAGGCGGGAACAGCAGCACCCGAGGAGAAGAAUAUGGAGGCUGUUGUGUCUGACGUACUGGUGCACCUCGGUGAGUGGAACAGCUCCCUCGUGGCCGGUAUCUUCAUGAGUGCGAAGGUGCUGGCGGUGAGCAAGCCCACGACACAGGCAAGUCAGCCCCCCCUGCCGCAGCAACAGCGAGAGGGGACGACGACGACAACAACAAGCGAGCGCGAGGCGGAGGCUGACGCGACGACUCUGGAUAAAAAAGCUGACAGUGUCACUGUGGCCUCAUCCUGCCCUACCGCGAUGCCAGAGCUGCUAGCUGUUCUUUUUCAGUACUGGCAUCAGCGGUUGGCGAGCCUUCCGGCGAGCAGCUCUGCGGUGCGCCCUUCCCAACGGCAGCAGCAACACCGAGAGGCACCCGCAUCUCACAAGCCCGUUGCCGUCACCACCACCACUGCCGCUGCCGCCGCCUUGGCCGCCCUGCACCACUACACGUCCGCGUCUCUCGUGGAACAGCUGUUGAUGUCGAUCGAGUUCUCCAUCGCGUACUUGGCGAACCGCAAGCAGGACGCUGCGGCAGCGGUGGCGAUGGCUGGUGGCCAGGCAGAUGCAGGCGCAGCAGUUGGUGAAACACUCGAUGGGGAUGGUGCUCCAACGCCGCCCUUGACGUCGUUGCAAGUACAGCGACGACUCCAGUGCUAUCGGCUCCCCCCCAUCUCCUCGCACAUGCCGUUCGAGGCUGUAUGGGGGCUCUACCUCGGGCAGCGCAUCCGAAUGUUUGGGGACUCGGCUGCCGCACAGUCACAGUCGUGGAGGCCCUUGAAGUCACCGCUGGCGCACGCCACGGUAGAUCUUGCCGAUCGGGCGGAGGAGCGACAGCUGCAAGACGCAUGCGGCCUCAGUUGUACAGCAAUGCAUGUGUGGACACUGUGGCAGCGGGCGGCGACAGGGACAACAACAACACCGUCACCCACGGUACCAACAGCAUCGGCGCCUAGAGUCGAGGUAGCGGCGGUGGAGACCACGCCUCUAUCAUCACCACUACAGCCUCCUCUGCAACCACAUCCCGCGAAUCCAUUGAUGGAAGUAUGCAACCCCCCAGUAUCGCAGCCGCCACCGUUCUCGCCGUAUCGUGUGGACAUACUUUCCCCAAGCAGCAUCGAGCGGCGGUGUCCGUCACCAGACCGUCAGCUCGCUCUGCCACCUGUUCGCUGUUCCACACCACAGCCGCCGCCGAGUCGCUUACCAACGCACAUCAGCUUUACGGUGCAGACAGUUUCGAAGCCGUGCAAGAGCUCUUGCAGCGCCCCCGAUGUGGCCGUCAUAGAAGCCGCAUCUGCCGCAGCAGCUCAUGGCAGACCACUGCCGUCGCCCCACACACCGUUCGCUGCACGAGGGGCUCAAGUACAGCAAGGAAGUGAGUCGGUGCCGGUGCCCUCGGCAACGAUGGCGGCAGCGGCGACUGCAGAGCUUCUUCAGGUACUCCCUAGCUUCCUCCCGUCUAGCGGCCCAGUGUCCGAUACGCCUUCUCCGCUGUCCCCGAAACUCUUGAAUGGGAUGCGCAAUGCGUCCUCCGCGCAGUGGCUCCACAAGCGAGUCAGAGACUCGACAGCAACGGCUGCCGAGUCGUGCGCGGCAAUGCCGCCUGCUCAGCAGAAGGCUAAAGCCACCGCUUGGCUGCUCGAGCGGCGAGACACGCGUGGUUUCAGGGACGCAGCAGCGGCGUCGGCUGCAGAGAACGCACCGGCCUCUCAGUAUCCGGCGUCCGGCACGAUGCAAGGAAGCCGCAUCGAUUCAUGGGAGAGCAUUGGUAGUAGCAGCCUCGACAGCACUGACGAGGUGAAAGACAGAGGCAACGGAACAGCGCGUGCUGCGGGGCAAGGGACUGUCAGAACCGCCAUAAGCGGCAGUGUACACGGCAGCACGUACACCACAGGUACCAUCGGGGCAGCGCCAUCGGAGGAAUGGAAGGAGACGCUGCCACUGGACGAGGAGCACUGGCUGGAGAAUCGUGGUUGCAUUGGUGCGGCCACGACGGCGACGCAGACGCCUCGCCACCGGCGGCCGCGUGGAGGCGUGUACUCUGCUGCCUCCUUCGUGGCAGCCCUUUCCACGGCGGUGACACAGUUGCUCUCUGAGCAACAGGAACCGUCACAGCAGCAGCAGCAGCUCCACAACUCCCCUAUAGCGCUUCCCUCAUUUGCGCCCUCGGCCUCCGUCUAUUCCUCCUCCAUUACCGCGGCGAUUGCGGCACAGCGACUGGAGCGGAUACGCCGUGGCCGACUGUUACCCUCCCUCGCCAAGCUCGACAGCCUCAACCUGCUUCCACAGUAUGUGCCUGUGUGGUGCUAUACGUACGACCCCAUCACCAGCCAGCGAAUAACCACGCAGCACGGCGACGAUGAUGGUGGCAGCAGCGCUCACGUACACAAUCAAAGCUACCUACAGCGCUACCCUCCAUCGUCCAACGGGGUGGUGUCCGGCUCGCGCGGUGGCAACGCAGGCGGUGGCAUCCAUGACCUAAGUCGUGCUGGCAAGGCGGGCUUGACCGCCACCUACCGGUAUGUGACUGAUACGGCGCGAACAGUGCUCGACGCGGUUAAGUUGUCCGUCCCGAACAUGAUGCAAUGUGCCAUGGGGAGCGGUGGAGGUGGCAGCCAGCCCGCGAGCGGCGGCACAGGUGGCAAACCGAGGGCUGGUCUGCCCAUCACAACCGCGACAGCGACGGCAACGGAUGUGACCCCUACCGCGUCCCCCACAGCCGUCUCCGUGCCACGCACGACACUGACUGUGCCUCUGCCCGUCACGACUGGCGCCUACGCCUCCGCGUACGGGAGCGGCAACGCCACACGGGAUGUGGCGAAGAAUCCAAGCCUGUACUACGCCGUGUGUGGGCUGUACAUCACGGAGCAGGACAUCAUCAUACGCGCUCUGCCAACAGUCGAAGUUCAGCGCCAGCGAGAGAGAAUGAGGCGGCAGCAACGAAGCGGCGGCAGCGGUAGAGACGACCUCAGCCGCAACGGCGUACCUCCAGGUAGCAGCGAGGCUGAGCGCUCGAAGUACACGGAUGGGAACAAUAGCCUCGACGACGAGGACGACGACGACAGCGAAAGCAGCGCUGAGGAAGUGGUGGAGUUGCUGAUUCUACCACGCGUCAGCCUGGUGUCCGUCACGCCGUGCGCGGUGAACCGCAGCGUCGGCGGCGUCUUUGCUACCAAGCACGCUCGCAAGCUGUACGACCACCUGGAGGAACAACCCAACCUCAUUCCUUCGUCUGCGGCGGCCGUCACCUCAGGUUUAACCUCAGCCGUGCCGGCCUCUGGCAGCGGGGGUGCCGCAGGAAGCCGCGCACCGUCCACCUCACGGGCGCAUCGCGUUUUGCCGACCAACGCAACGACCUUAAGAACGGGCACCAAUGCGCAGCAGAAGCAGCAGCAGCAGCACCACCCGUGUGUACCAGCGCACUUGGGCCAGCCAGAGCAGUCAUCGCUCACGACGCCGUCCACCGUGGUGGUGCUAAAGCUGCAGUCUGCAGAGAUGCGGACAGUGUGGCUGGAGUUUGCGAACGAAACGGUGCUGAACGAGGUCCACCGGCUGUUGUGCACUCCACUUCGAUCUUCAACUCAGCUCAGCGGGAUGCCAGCCAGUCCAUCACGGUCUCGGGGCACGCCGCCGACACCGCAACGUCCUCCGUGCUAUGGCAAUCGGUUUUUAUCAAGUGCCCGCCGCCUGUGGUCCAUGGUGCCUCUGGUCCUACUCGCCACCAACGUGCUGCCGCCGGGAGGUGCCACCUCGCCCUUCAUGCAGGCAUUCUUGAAGAACGUCACCGUGGCGGCAGUUAUGCUGCACGCGCAAGCCGCUGAACCGGGCCCGGCAGCAGCGACGACCACGCCACCGUCGCUGUUGUCGAUGGAGGCCUCUACGCUCUCUCUGCCACCACCCCCGCCUUCGCACGGAUGCCCCAUCGCGCUGGCAAACACCUGGUGGCUCUACGACCCCGCCCGGGAGUUUGUGCGCCAAGGCCUGCCAGAGGAGCACUGGUGCUUGACGUCGGCGAACAUGGAGUACACCUUCUGCCCCACCUACCCGUCCACCUUCGUCGUCCCCGCCGCCCUCGCACGCGCGAUGGAAAAUGGCGAGGUAGACGGGCGACACCGCAUGUCUCGCCGGGUCGAAGCUGUCGCCUUCUACUACGCACCAACCGGUGGCGUGCUUGUCCGCAGUGCGCAACCGACUCUGGCAGCAUUGGUGGCCGAGGUGCCGACCGGUCCGGCGCUGGAGUGGACAUCGCGCAUGACGGGUGGGCGGAUUGGCAGAGCAGCGCCGACCGGGUCGUCGUCGCUUCCGAUGCAGCCGUCACCGUUGGCGGUGUCGCUGCGAGACGCUCCUCGCCUUACGCUGAACGCCUUCGCCGCCGCAGCUGGUGUGACGACUCAGCAGAUCUGUGUGAUGGACCUCCGCUCUGCCAAAGCGGCGUUCGGGAAUGUGGGCAAGGGGGGCGGCAGCAUGGAGCUCCUCCUCUACCCCUUCGGCGGUGUGGAGUACGCGGGACUGCCAAACAUUCACAGCGUGCAGAGGGCGUGGCGUAGGCUGAGGGCGUCCCUAACACAUGACGCGCCGUACCAGCUCAGAGGAAACGAAAGUGGCUGCCUCGAGACCCAAUAUGUGCAGUACGCCGGAGAGCCGCCGUACGCGGCGGUGGUUGCAGCAGCUGAGCUGCCCGCAACGGCGAAACGACCUGCCUCAGGACUCAGCGUGACUCCGCCACUGUUGGCGUCACUCCUGCCGCGCCUGCAAGGGCGCAGUCCGAGUACUCGGCAGCAGGCGAGGGACAGCACUGGUGGCACAGAGGUAGCAGCGGCUCUCAAGACAACGCUCAGUGAGUCCGAUAACGGCGACGGUAACCGCGAGAGUGUUGGACCAGGAGGGAGUGUGGCAACUGAAGAAACCGCGGACACAGCGACCGCGACGUCGUCACCAUCUCGGCUUCCGUUCUCGCUCAGAGGUGUGCGAUGGAGUGCCAUCUUCUCCGCCAUGACCACCGUUGGCGGCGCGUCCGUCACUGCCAUGAUGCCGGCAGCACAACACGAGUGGCUUACCUACGUUGCUAUGCUGCUCAACACCGCCGUCGUUGCGGCACGGCGUGUCUGCGGGGUGCCAACCGACCCGCUGUACGUGCCCGCCAUGCAGCACAACGGCCUUUCAGCGAACUGUUUCUCAUACAUUGUCGGCCACGCCUUUACGCAAUUUCGGCUGCCAAAGGCGGCAUCGUUGUCGUCGUCGUCAGCUACGGCGACAGGGUCGGGAUCACGGCGCGGGUUUCGGACGCCAGCAGUAGCUGCAGCGAGGGCUGCUCGCAGCUUCAAGGCGUCGCUGGCAUCGUACGAGCACAGCGCACACGAGACAUUCGCCGGUGUGGUGUUUCUCAACUGCUCCGACGGUUGGGACCGCACCCCGCAGAUCAGCAUCCUCACGCAGCUGCUGCUAGACCCCUACUACCGCACAGUGGAGGGCCUCUGCAUCUUGCUGGAGCGCGAGGUGCUUUGCUUUGGGCAUCCAACGCAGCUACGCUCAACAGCCAUAGGCGGCAACGUCGACGACUACUGGGACCAACUCCGCCGGGACGAUCGAGACUCUGCUGCUGCGAAGAGGGUGAGCGCACAGCCUCCCGCAGCAACGGCAGCGCAAACGCAGGCGAUGGAGACACAUCAGCGUAAUACCGUUACGGCAGCCUUUCCGUCGCAACCCAUCCUCGCCGCUCACUCAUCAGCAGCAGACGAAAUGAGGGCCGCCGCGGAGAGUGAGCGUAGGAGAGGCUGCGUGGGAAGUCAAGUUAGCUGCAGUGUCUCGCCGUCAACCCCUACAGUUGCUGCCGUCAGGGAUGACGACGAUGACAGCGACGCCACCUCUGCGCCUCUUUUCGAUGAGGAGUCUGUGGAGGUAGACGAGGUCGUGGGGGCUGAUGGGCUAAGAGAGAGGGCCUUGCAUCGAUGGCUGCAGAAGGCGCGUGUGGCGCUGAGCGGCGGCAGUGGGGCAGGCGACGUCGCGGCGAUGGAGGACGCAAGCCAGAGCCGCGGUGCCUCUGCAGCGGCUGUGCAUGCGUCUUCGGCGUAUGCAUCGAUGUCAGCGAAGCCUCCUAUAGUGUCGCUUCUCCCGUCGCUGUGGUCAAGGAGCGAGGCAGCACCGAUUCUUACUCAGCUGCUCGACGCCAUACAUCAGCUCGUCGUUCUUUAUCCUGUGUGCUUCGAGUACACACCACAGUUUGUGUGCCUCCUACUCGACCUCCUCCACAGCGGGCUGAUCAGCACCUUCAGCGUCAACUGCGAGCAGCAGGUAGAGGCCCAGCGGGUGGCAGAGGGUAGCAUGUCGCUGAGCCAGUGGUGCGCCCUUCUGCUCUCAACAACGACGGCGACGCCAUCAGCAGUGUCCACGGCAGCGUCUGUGACGGCCAAGCUGGCGUCUCACAAAGACACGUCGACAACCCGCUCGGAGGACGGCGCCGGCGCCAGCACCGUUCUGCCCCCGAGACGCGUGUUCAAUCGUCGUGCCCCCGCCACGCCGGGCGUGGUGCGCCAGCAGCUCCCGCGGUCGACGUCAACGACGGAGGCAGCGCUGCCGUCGUUCGGCGCGGACCCGACCAGCGAGGCGGGUGUUGCUGAGGCAAGCGUGGGGUCUACCGCCUGUGUUGACGCAUCCUUCCAUCGUCUGACUUCGGCCACCCUGAUGGGCGACGCAGGGCUAGAGGUGGAGGAGAAGCAGCAGCAGCAGCAGCAGCAAGGGCGGGGACUGGGAAAGCCGGCUAUGGGCAGCCGUCGCUGCAGCUGCAGCGAAGCCGAAGAGAGGCAGCCCUUCGCCGUGCACCGCAGAAGCGUAAGCAACGAGGGUACGUCUGGUAGUGCUGAAGCCGGUAGUCAGCAGCGGCAGAGAACCGUCGCGGCACAGUCACCGUCCAACACCGGCACUUCUGCGCCGCUGCCGCUCGGCCGAGAGGGAAAAAUAGGAGAGGAGGAGACGGUGGCGAUGGACUGUCGCUCGUCUACGCCGCUGCCGGCGUCGGCGCGUCCUGACCUCCUUCGAAAUCUUUACUUCUUUGACUACACCACACGCUGGGGUGUGCCCGUCGAAUCCGCGGCAUCACCGCUGCCGCGCUCGGGACACGCCCUUUCCUCAUCCUUCUCCAUAUCGUCCUCCGCCACUUCAACGUCGGAGCACCCUGCAAGCCCCCAUGACGAAGCCUCGCUCUCAGCAGGUGGGUGGCACACACAGCAACACGCAGGCUGUCGUUCGAGUGAUGCAACGGCGGUGGAUGAAUUUUCUCGCCGUUUGCUGCCCAUCUCGUACGAUGCGCUCUACACCUCUGGCUACCUUAACCCAAACUUCUCGCUGCGCCACAACAGGGUCGACGUCGGUCCCCUCGUGGACUUCAUCCUCCCCUCCCGCCUCACCCUCUGGCGAGCCGCGUACACACGCCAUUCGUUUUGGGGCGUGCGGCAGGCGCAGCUGCAACACGCAGUCGGGCAGUAUCCGCAGCAGCGCCGACAGCAUGCUGUGAACAGUCGCAGCGGACGCGGUGUGCCAGACGCAACGGACAACGCCAGAAGCACCGUCGGCCGGUACGGCGGCGGCAGCAGCAGCCCCUUGGGAAUGGGUGGUGCACACAUGGGGGCAGAGGUACAGAGAAGUAGGCUGUGGAGUCCCAGGGCUUCCUCGACGGGGGCAGCGGUGUCAUCGGUCCCCAUCACUAGCCCCACCUCUGAAGACGCACGAGGGCAGCCUCCUAGCAGUACCUUCUUCGCCAGCACCUCCGUAACGUCACGCGGAGGUGGCGGCGGCAACGCCGCCUUCUUUGCUCGUGACGGCGACGGUGAGAAUCGCUCGCAGGGUCGACCGGGGCCCUUCAGGGACGCGGCAGUCCACUACCCCGUCACCUCCUUGACGCCUGGAAUUUUCCAGUUCCACAUCGGCUCCGACAGCGAGGAGGACGAGGAGAUCGCUCGCCAGUAG